AUGUCUGGUUUGCUUGCUUUGGGAGAUAAUCAUAGAGGAACAAGGGAGAACGUGGCUGCAUACGAUGAGUCUAAAAGGUUUAGACUACAUAAUCAUCUAUUUGAUAGGGAGCCAAGUGAGGCUAUCAAGCCUUACUUGGAAAGAGCCGGUUUUGGACAUGUCGCCAAAAUUAACUUUAGAAGUGUUGAUUCUAAACUUGUAAUUGCGAUGCUUGAGAGGUGGAGGCCCGAGACACACACGUUUCAUUUGCCAACCGGUGAAUGUACAAUCACACUAGAGGAUAUAAAUAUGUUGUUUGGCCUCCGCAUAGAUGGGAGGGCUGUAGUAGGUGAAACCGAAGGACCUGAUUAUGCAUGUAUUGAUGCUUUAGGCAUAGAACCUUUUAGUGAUAGGGUGAAGGGUGCGGUAAAAUUGAGAUGGAUCCACGACGAGUUGAUUGAGUUAGAACAACAUUCUCAACAAACCGAGGAGGAAAAUAUACUGCAUGCAAAAUUAUAUAUCUUAAGUAUGAUUGCAGUUUUAUUUCCUGACAAAUCUCAUAAUGUGUUGCAUUCUUCUUGGUUCAAAUUUGUCAAAGAUUUUGAUGAAUGUGGCAAAUAUAGUUGGGGGUCUGCGUGUUUGGCUUACCUUUACAGGGAGAUGUGCAAAGCAUGUCGUGUAGGAUGCAUGAGUGUUGCAGGCUGCUCACUCCUUCUCGCUGUGUGGGCCUACUAUCGCAUUCCACGACUUGCUCCAAGGAGUGAAAUUGCUCCAUCCUAUCCAUACGCCACUAGAUUUGCACAACGAGGUCUGGAGUAUUUCUCAUCUCCAAAUGCUUAUCUUGAUGGAUAUCGUUUCAUUUUGGAUCACAUGGUCCAAGGAGAUUUUUUGUGGAGGCCUUACGAAAAAUAUCCUCGUGGCACUCAACGAGAAGCUCGAGCGUGGAGUGCAACUACAUAUAUUAUUUGUUUUCAUAUUGUGGAAAUGCAUCACGCCGACAGGGUUAGGCUUCAAUUUGGGUUUACUCAAAACAUCCCUCAACCCCCGAGGUGUCUUAGAGAUCACCACACCAUAACGAAGAACGAUGUCAAGGAUUGUGCUUAUCGAGAUUUGAACAUUCACGAGAACAACAAGUGGAAAGAUAGAAGAAACUUAAUAAUGACAGGUGAGGUGAGUACUACUUUACGCCACACCGAUGAAUAUAUGCAAUGGUUAAGAAAUAUUCCAUUAAUAUAUUUGUCGAAAGAAACGUAUUUGGCAGACCCUCGUCAUUAUGCCUCCGCUUCAUCAACCCCACAUACCACCUUUCAUCAAGAAAUCCCACAAUCAUUCUAA